CAAUCGCCUGUACUUUCCGCAUUUAACUUGGAUGACAUUUUUAUUUCGUCAUUAGCAUCACGCGCCUGCACACCGGCUCGUGGUUCGGCGUUCGAGCCCGGGAUGAUCCAUUUGGCACGCCUGCGUGUCCCGUCUCUAGUGCUGUAGUUUGAUUUCACGACAGUGAAAUUCAGCCCUCGCAAAAAAAAAAAAAAAAAAAAAAAAAAAAAAAAAAAAAAACAACAACAACAACAACUACGAAGCAAAAAAACAAGGCCAAAACACUCGUCCGCCACCAUGCCCGAGACGACGCAGGAGGCUCCAGCCAAGGACUCGCCCUUCUUCAUCAAGAACCUGCUCAACUGCGACAGCAAGCCACCCAACAAGACCAAGCCUCCGCCGCCGGCGCUGGCGGCCCACCGGGCGGCCCUGGAGGCGGCGGCGGCAGGGGGCUUUUCCCUGUCGCAGGUGGCUGACUAUGCCUUCCCUCGCUUUGAGCUGCCUGCGCAGCGCUUCACGCUGCCGGCCCACUAUCUGGAGCGAACUUCGGCGUGGUGGUACCCCUAUGCCCUCAACUCCUCUGCGCACAUCCACAGAAGUGAAGCCUCUGACAAACUACCGGCCAGAGAUUCGUCCCCGACGUCAGGAACGGACCGAGACUCUCCGGAGCUGGUGCUCAAAUCCGAACCGGAAGGCAAGGAUGACGACGAAGACGAGGAGCGCGCGGCGAGCAAAAGCGGCGACGAGAUCAUCCUGGAGGAGAGUGACUCCGAGGAGGCCAAGAAAGACGAAGUGGACGACUGGAAGAAGCGCGACGGCGGCGACGACGGCUGCGGUGACAAGAAGCCCUGCCGAAAGAAGAAGACCCGCACCGUCUUCUCCCGCAGCCAAGUCUUUCAGCUGGAGUCCACGUUCGACAUGAAGCGCUACUUGAGCAGCUCGGAGCGCGCCGGCCUGGCAGCAUCACUGCACCUGACCGAGACGCAGGUGAAGAUCUGGUUCCAAAAUCGCCGGAACAAGUGGAAGCGGCAAUUAGCCGCCGAGCUGGAGGCGGCCAACUUGAGCCACGCCGCCGCGCAGAGGAUAGUCAGAGUGCCCAUUCUCUACCACGAGAACUCGGCGUCGGAGGGCGCCGGCGCGGCCCCUAGCGUGCCGGCCAGUCAGCCGUUGCUAACCUUCCCGCACCCGGGCGUCUACUACUCGCACCCCAUCGUCACCUCUGUGCCGCUACUCAGACCCGUCUGAAAGCAGGGGGGAAAAAAAAAAAAAAAAAAAUCACAAAAAGACUUCAUAUUUUUAUACUCGAUGAAGAAACAAAGAGGGAGAAAAAGGCCUGCAGGGACCUCUUGUUGAAUAGGGUUUACACGUGAUUCGACAAUUCAUUAUUAUUAUUAUUAUUAUUAUUAUUGUUAUUAUUAUUAUUACCACCACCUCAGGAGUCUACCUGCUUACACUGCCUAAAGAGUGUCUAUUUUUUUAUUUCGACUAUAUUAAGUUCUGCUUUUUACACUGUGACCUAAACAACCUUGUUUACAGCCCAAAUAAGUCCCAUCGGCUUGAUUAUAUUUCACUGUUUUUCUUCUUCUUUUUUUUUUUUUUUACCCAUUAUGUGCAAUACAUUAUUCCGAUUAAUAAUAAUUUGUACUUUUUGUUUUGGCAAAGAGCUCGUGACAGGUGACAAUCAAGACACUCUCAACUGUAAAUGACGUGAUUGUUCCUGUGUGUGAAAUUAUAUAGUUUUAGUUUGGAUUUCAACUCCAUGCUGUAUAAAGUUAUAUAAAUGUAUAUAUUUAAUUAACGAGGAGUCAUGAAAUUGUUUUUGUUUCUUUGUACAGAAAAAACAAACACAUGCACACAUUGUUUCUUUUGCUACUGUACUGAUGAACC